AUGGCGGUAAACAACAACAUCUACAAUCACCGAGUUCCCUUCACUACUCACAGCAUCUACACCGUCAAUUUCUCCGGCAACUCGAUCUUAACAUUCGUAACUCACACUCCAUCACUCGUCACCGAUUGGAUCACCGAAAUCAACAUCAGCUGUCAUCUCCGCAAAACCACCGUCGGUUUCGAUAUCGAAUGGCGUCCAAUGUUAACCAGCGUAGAAUAUUACCCAGUUGCCACUCUUCAAAUCUGUGUAGGUCAUCGAUGUUUAAUUUUCCAAAUCCUUCACUCUGCUUCAAUCCCCGAAUCGCUUGUCGAAUUUCUCUAUAACCCUAGUUAUACAUUCGUUGGUGUUGGAAUUAAGAGGGAUAUCGAGAAAAUUGAAGAUGAUUAUGGGUUUGGAAUUGGUGGUGAGAUUGUUGAUUUGGCGCAAUUGGCUGCGGAUCGUUUGGGUGAUGAACAACUUAGAAGUGCGGGGUUGAAGACGUUGACGAAUAGGGUUUUGGGAUGGGAACUUGUGAAGCCGAGGGAGAUUACUUUGAGUAGAUGGGAUAAUGAGGUUCUUGAUGAAUUUCAGGUUCAGUAUGCUUGCAUUGAUGCUUUUCUUUCGUUUGAAAUUGGUAGGGUUUUGAAUGCUUAA